UUAGGCAGCAGGCUGGCGUCCAUGUCGAGCGAGGCAGUUCUUUGUGUAGAAAAUGGCUGCCGCGGCGGUCACGUGACGGGAAACGGCGCCGCGGCCCGGGAUUGGCUGGCGUCGGGUGACGUCAUCGGUGAAAGCCAACAACAGCUGAGCUCGCCAAGACCUCAGUCAGAAGAGAGACACACAAGAGGGAGGAUGUACCGUGUAGCGUGACCCGAACCGAGACCCGUUUCCCUCCCGUCCAAGGACAGAACGAACUGUGAUGUUGGGAGAAUUAACACACUAAGUACUAAGUGAGACAACACGGCCCACAUACCAAAGAUCAAGCCGAACCACCACCACCACCCACAAUUAAGCCGUCGUCGCCACCACCUCCCCUGCUGCAGUGUGCCACACUCACUACUAGUCCACUCAUAACAAGCUGUCGUGUGUCGCUGCGGAAAUAUGAGAAUAGAAGUGAAAUCAGCCGCGAACUUCCUCGUCGACCUGUUGAAGCUGAACAGCAGCGGCCUGACGGAGGAUCAGCUGGAGAAGUUUAAGGAGAAUGUGUGCCAUAUCCUGAUGCGCCACUACGCGGACCACUGGUUCCCGGACAGGCCCUUCAAGGGAUCUGGCUACCGCUGCAUCAGGAUCAAUGGCAACCUGGACCCGCUCAUCGCCCGGGCAGGCUUCAUGAUGGGCCUGGCCUCCUGCUUCCUGCGCUCCCUCUUCCCCUCCGAGCUCACCAUGUGGGUGGAUCCUGCCGAGGUGGCCUACCGCAUCGGCGAGAAUGGCUCCAUUUGCGUGUUGUACGAGGAGCUGCCACCCCCCAAGACGCCCUCCCCGCCGCCCCAGCAGCCCAUGCCCACCCCCGAGAAGACGCCCAUCAAGGCCGUAGGGCAGCAGCAGGCUCACUCCCCGCCGCCGCCCCAGCAGCCCCAUUCUCCGCCGCCCGCCCUUCACCACCACCAGGUCCAUCACUAUAACCAUCACCAUCACUUCUCGCCGUCCAAGUCCGUGGUGGUGUCGUCCCCGGUGCACCACAGCCCCCCGCUGUCCCCCGUCACCACCACCCAGCACCAUCACCAUCAUCAGCAGCAACAACAGCAGCUGCUGAACAUGUUUUUAAUGAGUGGCGGCGGCAAGGAGGCCGGCAGCCUGGUGAAGUGCAAGGAAUCUCUGCGCGGCGGGCUGGACGCGCGGCCCCUGCAGAUGGACCGACUGUUUGUGUCCAGCUGAGCCCGCCAGCCCGGCACGCCCGUGAUCUCAACCACCGCCAACAGCUGAAAGUACAAUCAGGGACCAACUGGUGACACCAUCGCCCGCCCCUCGCCCUCUCACAACGGGGAAAUUAUAAGUUUAUUUGUAAACAGUAAUAUUUAUGUACAUAAGGAGCUAUAUUAAUACUAUAUAAUAUGAGUGUUGUGGUGAGUGAGUGUGCGGGGCUGCGCUGCUAGCUGUGCUGUGCCGUGCUGGUGGACCCCCCCACGCGUGCCCUGCUCUGCCCUGACCUGCCGUGCCACCACACCACCACCAUCACCACCACGCCCUGGUUCACCGGCCCGCCCCGAACCGCCACCCGGACCAGGAAUCGCAUCGGUUCCGUCUAUUCCAAGUCAGGCGUCGCGGUUCGCGGCUUGUACCUCCCAGCGACAAGGGCUGAGGGCUGGCUGGCUGUGACACUCAUGGCCACACCCUCCACAGUUCACCUUAUAACUGAAAAAAAAUCUUUUUUCAGAUGGUACAAAGUCAGAGUUCUUAAAGUGUCUGUGAUUUAAUUCGGUCGCAGUAUUUUUAUUUUAAUUUAAUGGAAGUGUUCUAGCUCAGUUUAUCGUCUAUGUCUAGCUUUAGCGUCAGUUUUUUGCUUUAAGCAAACUCCUGGGUAGUGAUGUGUACAUUCUCCUUGUUGGUGCAUGCUUACUUGUAAUAUAUGCCUGUAAAAAAAGCCUUAUUUUGUUUCACAAAACGUCUAAUUUUACUAGAAAAAAUCGUUUUGUACAGCAUAAAAUAAAAGUCCAACGCAAUUUAA